AUGUCGAAAAAAUCAAAGGACGAAUUCUCAUGUGAGAUGUUUAGUAACAAGUUUUUCUUGUUGUGCGCAGCAGGAGGCGCCACAGCUUGCGGUAGCACACAUACCUUAUUAACGCCUCUAGAUUUGGUAAAAUGCAGGUUACAGGUCGACCCAGCGAAAUACAAAUCCAUAUUCAAAGGUUUUUCUAUAUCUUGGAGCGAAGGUGGUGCCCCAAACUUGGUAAAAGGCUGGGCGCCUACACUUAUCGGUUAUACAUUACAAGGAGCAGCAAAAUUCGCAGGUUACGAAUACUUCAAAUACAAAUUUUCCACUAUGGUCGACGAAGAAAGCGCUUAUUUAUAUAGGACCUAUUUAUAUUUAGCGGCAGCUGCGUCUGCGGAGUUCGUAGCCGAUGUUUUCUUAGCACCAUUCGAGGCGGCAAAAGUUAGGAUGCAAACUACGCCUGGCUAUACGUCUCAAAUGAGGAAAGCGAUGCCUCACAUGAUGGCUACUGAAGGAUUCGGUGUUUUUUAUAAAGGUUUAACGCCACUUUGGGGUCGUCAAGUCCCAUAUACCAUGAUGAAAUUUUCAUCUUUCGAAAAAACGUUAGAAUAUUUAUAUGAUAAUGUUGUGCCAAAGCCAAGGGAACAGUGCACAAAGGUCGAGCAGUUAAUGGUUACGUUUACCGCUGGAUACAUAGCUGGAGUUCUCUGUGCCAUCGUAUCACAUCCGUCUGAUACCAUCGUGUCUAAGUUGAACAAAGACCCGAGCGCAUCGAUUGGCGGUAUUCUCUCUGAAGUGGGUAUGUUCGGUAUUUGGCGCGGGUUAGUGGCGCGUAUCAUCAUGAUUGGUACACUGACCGGGUUGCAGUGGUUCAUAUACGAUGCGUUUAAAGUUUAUACUGGUAUGCCGCGACCUCCUCCAGCUGCAAUGCCAGAAUCUCUUAGAAAGAAAUUAGCCGGCAAGAAGUAA